UCCCUCCCUUCCUCUCUCUCUAACUCACUCUCCUUCUGCGCAUUUCGAGGAAUUUAUCCUGAACUCUCUCGAUUCCGAGGUUUUGUUUUGAUUUAAUUCAUUUUCGUUUCCUUUUCUUUGUUUUGAUUUUGUUCCAUUUCGAUUCUUGCUCCGUUUCUUGUGUGUUUUCGAUUUGUAAUCACUUUCUCGUCUCGAGGGGAUUUGGGUUGUAUUUUUUUUUUUAACUGUUUUUGAGGUGGGGUUGUAUUUUUUUUUUUCCUUUGUUCUUCAAUGUUCAAGAAGUUAUUUCUCUUGGGGUUUGAAGUUUCUUCGGUGGUUAAUGAAAUGGGAAGUGUUUUGAAUUUUAUACGGCAGGUUCUGUUGAUGGGAUGGUUUUAAUUAUUGAUGUUGAGGGUUUAUUGGAGGAGUAGAAGAAAGGCGUUUGUUUGUGGUUGCUGUAAAUUGGGGAAAUCAAGGAAGGGAUGGGGAAGGUGUUUACGAAUGAUAGGGAGCCGAAGAAAUUGAAGAGGAGAAGAAGGUCGAAGGGUUCUGGUGGGAAGUAUUUGAAGCCGGGUGCUUUGGCGCAGCUCAGGUGUAGCAAGGGCUCGGUUGCUAAAUCUUGUACUGAUCUUGGGAGGAAGAGGGUGGCUGUGUUGGAUGCUGGGAAGGCGAAGAGGAAUGGGGUGCUUGAGGAUAAGGUUUCUGAUAGAAGUCCUUUGAUGUUGUCUCCUGUGAAAUUGGUGAUGCAUAUAAACCAUAUUGGUACUCCAAAAACUCCUCGGGUUGAAGACUGUGAAUCAGAGUCACGGCUGGAAUCUCUACCUAUGGAUCUAUUGGUGAAAAUACUUUGCCAUUUACACCACGACCAACUGAGGGCAGUUUUUCAUGUCUCUCAACGAAUCAGAAAGGCUGUUUUGCUGGCAAGGCAAUUCCACUUCAAUUACACAACUCCAGAUCGGUCCAGGCAGGAGAUGUUGAGGAUAACCACCCCUCGACCUACUGAACACUGGCCCUUUGUAAACAAGGGAGAUGGCAAAGGGUUUUCAUUGCCAAGCCCUCACACUCCAAAAGCACCAAGGCAUGGUCCUCGUCCACCAUCUCGUCUCGAAGUUUCAGAGAUGAGGCAGGUUGCUGCUGUUCUCUUUCAAGAAUCAGCUUUUCCUCCAAGAUGCAUGGUGCCAUCUGUUAUAUCUAAACCUCUUUGCAAAUCUUUGGCCUCAAACCGGGUUCUGUUUUACGAGGACGAGUUAUGCCAAGCUGUUGCUCAAAACAAACUUCGUUGAUUAUAGUGGCUAGCAAUGUCUCGCUGUCUUUUGUUUCUGUAUAUAGGGUUUUUUUUUUCUGUUUUAGCUGGUCCAGCAAUUAUAUAGGAAUUUCUACAAAUUUUGUAGGCCUGCGUUGAUGCAGAUUUAGGUAUCAUGGAAUGGAACUUCUUGUUCUGUUGGAGUGAGAGGGUUGAAAAGUAUUCAAGACUGUAGUUGUGGGAAUAAUCUAUUCCGAACUUGUUACUUGUAUAGUUCUAUAUAUAUAUAUUCUAAAGAGUGGUUUGUUCUGUUUUUCCCUGAA